CCUUCCCUUUGCUUGCUUGUCUAGGGGAAAAGGUGGCCUCCCUUUGAAACAGUCGGUCGAGGCAGGAGAAGACUCUUGAAACGGAAAGACCAUAUCCUCCUUGCUGCCGGAUCGCCCAGGAAGGGGUUGGCUGCUGGCGAGGAGGGGGAGGUUGUUCUUUUUCAGUUUUGAGUUACACCUUUGCACCAAAGUGAAGAAAAGAGACUAGCCGGGAUUCCUCCUCCUCCUGCUGCUGCUGUCGUCGCCGAAUCCAUUCAAGUGGCAGACUUCCCAGCCCUCCCCCAGGAGUCAAUACUACUGGAGAGAGCUGAAUUGGAUCAUUGUAACGCCGCCGGAGCCUGGCACGACCCCUGCACAAUUGUGUGUAUGUGGCUCUUGGAUUUGUCAGGGCAGCAGGCCCAGAAACAAGCAGGUGUUACGUAUAUGGAGAGGAGCGGCUGUAGUCCAUUUCCAAUAUGCUGGGCUAAAGAAUAUGACAGAUACCUAGCAUCUAGCAAAACUAUGGCAGCAGCUUAUCUAGAUCCAAACUUGAAUCAUACACCAAGCUCAAGCACAAAAACACACCUCAGCUCCGGGGUGGAACGUUCUCCAGGGACAAUGGAACGGGUCCUGAAGGUUUUCCAUUAUUUUGAAAGUAACAGUGAACCAACAACAUGGGCCAGUAUUAUCCGACAUGGAGAUGCCACAGAUGUUUGGGGCAUAAUUCAAAAGAUAGUGGACUGUCACAAAGUAAAAAAUGUAGCCUGCUUUGGUUUACGACUUAGCCACCUACAGUCCGAGGAAGUUCACUGGCUGCAUCUGGACAUGGGGGUCUCCAACGUGAGAGAGAAAUUUGAAGUAGGACACGCACCAGAGGAAUGGAAAUAUGAAUUGCGGAUUCGAUACUUACCGAAAGGAUUUCUGAACCAGUUUAUUGAAGAUAAGCCAACGUUAAAUUUUUUAUACCAGCAGGUGAAAAAUGACUAUAUGCUAGAGAUAGCAGAUCAGGUGGACCAGGAAAUUGCCUUGAAGCUAGGUUGCCUUGAAAUCCGGAGAUCCUACUGUGAAAUGAGAGGCAACGCAUUGGAUAAGAAGUCGAACUAUGAAGUCUUAGAGAAAGAUGUCGGUUUAAGAAGAUUUUUUCCAAAGAGUUUACUGGAUUCAGUAAAGGCCAAAAACCUUCGAAAAAUGAUACAGCAAACAUUUCGACAAUUUGCCAACCUCAAUAGAGAAGAAAGUAUUUUGAAAUUCUUUGAGAUUCUCUCACCAGUAUAUCGAUUCGAUAAGGAAUGCUUCAAGUGUGCCCUUGGAUCCAGCUGGAUUAUUUCAGUGGAAUUGGCCAUCGGUCCAGAAGAAGGUAUCAGCUACCUUACAGACAAAGGCUCCAAUCCUACCCAUUUGGCAGAUUUCCAUCAAGUACAGACCAUUCAGUAUUCAACUAAUGAAGACAAGGACAGAAAAGGAAUGCUACAGAUGAAAAUCGCUGGAGCACCAGAGCCUCUGACAGUGACGGCACCAUCCUUAACCAUUGCAGAGAACAUGGCUGACUUGAUAGAUGGCUAUUGCCGACUGGUCACGGGGGCGACACAGUCUUUUAUCAUCCGAUCCCAGAAAGAAGGUGAAAGAGCUUUACCAUCCAUACCAAAACUGGCCAACAACGAGAAGCAAGGAAUACGAUCACAUACCGUCUCUGUAUCAGAAACCGACGACUAUGCAGAGAUCAUAGAUGAAGAAGAUACGUACACCAUGCCUUCAACCAGGGAUUAUGAGAUUCAGAGGGAGCGGAUUGAACUGGGACGCUGCAUCGGCGAAGGGCAGUUUGGCGAUGUUCACCAGGGAGUUUAUGUCACUCCGGAAAACCCUGCCAUGGCAGUUGCAAUCAAAACGUGUAAAAACUGUACUUCGGACAGCAUAAGAGAGAAAUUCUUGCAAGAAGCCUUAACAAUGCGUCAGUUUGAUCACCCCCACAUUGUGAAGCUGAUUGGCGUCAUCACGGAAAACCCUGUUUGGAUCAUUAUGGAGCUCUGUACCCAGGGAGAGCUGAGAUCAUUUCUGCAAGUCAGAAAAUACAGCUUGGAUCUGGCGUCCUUGAUACUGUACGCUUACCAACUUAGCACAGCACUUGCCUACUUAGAGAGCAAACGGUUUGUACAUAGGGAUAUUGCUGCUAGAAACGUGCUGGUGUCCUCUACAGACUGUGUGAAACUAGGUGAUUUUGGUUUAUCUCGGUAUAUGGAAGAUAGCACAUAUUAUAAAGCUUCAAAAGGAAAAUUGCCCAUCAAAUGGAUGGCCCCAGAAUCCAUCAACUUCCGACGUUUUACCUCAGCCAGUGAUGUCUGGAUGUUUGGUGUAUGCAUGUGGGAAAUCUUAAUGCACGGCAUCAAACCUUUUCAAGGAGUGAAGAACAACGAUGUGAUUGGCCGGAUCGAAAACGGCGAGCGGUUGCCGAUGCCGCCCAACUGCCCGCCUACCCUCUACAGCCUCAUGACCAAAUGUUGGGCUUACGAUCCCAGCAGGCGCCCACGAUUUACAGAACUUAAAGCUCAACUGAAUACGAUUCUGGAGGAGGAGAAGCUGCAGCAGGAGGAACGAAUAAGGAUGGAAUCAAGGCGACAAGUCACCGUAUCCUGGGAUUCCGGAGGGUCCGAUGAAGCUCCUCCCAAGCCCAGCAGACCCGGUUAUCCUAGUCCAAGAUCAAGUGAAGGAUUUUAUCCCAGUCCACAGCACAUGAUACAACCCAAUCACUACCAGGUUUCAGGCUAUCCCGGUUCCCAUGGAAUUCCAACCCUGGCAGGUAGCAUUUAUCAAGGACAAGCCUCUCUUUUGGAUCAGACAGAUUCCUGGAACCAUCGGUCUCAAGAAAUAUCCAUGUGGCAACCCAACAUGGAGGAUUCUGGCAGUUUGGAUAUGCGUGGGAUGGGACAGGUCCUACCAGCACAUCUAAUGGAAGAGAGAUUGAUACGACAGCAACAAGAAAUGGAGGAAGACCAGAGGUGGCUGGAAAAGGAGGAGAGAUUUCUGAAACCCGACGUGAGGCUGUCCAGAGGGAGCAUUGAUCGAGAGGACGGGAGCCUCCAGGGCCCGGUAAGCACACACGUCCCCCACCAGUCGAACAAAAUGCUGCUUUUGAUUUUUGUCUCACUUUUACCGUUUUAUUAA